UUUUCCGUACCCUAUAUGGUAACUUGUCUCCACGUGAUGGAUAGGACUACUAUAAUUGUUCUGAGAACGAGAAUGACCACAGGCUCUGUGCCGGAGGCUGACGCACAUUGACAGCAGCUAUCAGGUUCUGUCAGGUUCUCACUAAAACGCUUUAUAACGCAGUAUUUUUUUUCUCUGUGGUUGUCACGAAUUAUUCUGAUUAUCUCGUGACCACAAAUGAUCUUUAAAAUUCUAAUUUUACACAGUAAAUUACAUAGUAUGCGACGUGGUUUUGUUUAUAAAAAAUACUGUCCACAAUAUUUUAGAAAUGUGAAGAGGAUCGCCUGGUAUUUGUAUUAUACGUUUUAGACAUAAAUAAACAAAAAAAAAUAAAAAAUGAGUCCACGUUCUCGUAAGACUGUGACUCACGGCAAAGGGUCUUGUGGCCGCUUCACCCCCCGCUCCGGCAACAGCUCCGCAGGACACUGUCAAGACCUAAUCGUAGAGUCUAUCUGCGUCAUAACCCUAGUUAUCGGAUGCAUCAUAUUCUCCCUUUUCUAUUUCCUCACCCAAUUGAGCAGUCGGUCAGCCCCCAGCAGCAGCAUGCCAACUCGCAGGCAUCGCUCACGUGUAAGAAAUAUUGAUCACAACAGAUCUAGUUCUGAAAGCAAAAUACAGCCAGUCAGCGCAGCAGGAUCUACCAAAGAUUUUGAGCCCCAAAAUAUUAUUCGGCGGGAAAGAAGCUCUUCAUUUGAUAGGCGACAAAGAGUUAAUGAGUCUUCUCGUGAUAGCAUCAAUGAGGAAUUAGAAGACUUCAAACGAAGCAAAUGGAAAUCUCUAAUGGAAGAAUCAUUUGUCGGAAAAAAUGGCCAAAUGAGGUAUAUUGGGAUGUCACCGUCUGACAGUUUAGAAGAUAUUUCAGAAGAAAAAAUUCAACUGCAAACUAGUUCAAAUAAUCCUCAACCUUCAGAAGUAAAUAAAGAAAAUAUGAUCCCAAAAUUCAAUGUAUCAAAAGAUUUUGUCCCUAAAAAUGAAUCUAGUGAUAACAAAACAUCCUAUAAGGAUGACAUGGAACUGGAGAGUAAAACGAUUAGUGAAAAACAAAAAACCGAAUCAUUGACGAAACACCGUGACUUAUCUAAAGAUCCAAGUCAAGGAAUAAUUUCUCCUAAUAGGACUCAUAAAGUUAAAACUGAUGAACAAAUUUCAAAUAACGGUCCUGGCUCCCGUAGACAUAGUAAUGAUAAUAAUGAAGAAGUAUUACCAGUCACAAAAGAUAAAAUUCGUAGUUCUAAACAAAAUGAUGAACAGAAGGUAUACAACAACAUAAAGUCAAAUUCUGUGAAAUUGACAGAAGAAAAACAUAAUGACACUGAAAUCAGCCCUAAAACGAAGUUAAAUUACUCUGGAAAAAAUCACAAUGAACUUAAUAUAAAAAAUGAUGAAAAAAUGAUAUCCGCAGAACCACAUGUAUUAUUAGACUCUAUAAAAAACCUACAAGACUCAGAAGUUAAUCUGAAAGCUGAUGGUACCAAAUCAACACUAACAACUGCGCAUGACCAUAAAAUAAAAAUUAAAACAACAGAAGAAGAUAAAAAAUAUGAAAAUUCAAGCAAUAAAAGUGACCAAGCAGUAAAUCCAUCUAAAAAAAUAAAAAUUCAAGAACAUAAUCAGAAUUUUCCAACAAAACCAGUUUAUGAAGUAAAUUUGAAGGACGUAAUUAGUGACACGCACAAAAGACAAUAUUCGAAUUCCUUAAAAGUUAUCCCUAAAAUAGGUACAAAAAUGGAAAAUAAUGGAAAUAAAAGUAUUGAAAAAAAUAUACACUCAAAUGACUCAAAGCCAGUAAGUUCUAAAAUAGAAGAAGAACUCAAUCAUAAAAAUAAUAAUGGAAGUAGUAAAAAACUACAUGAAAAGGUUUCUGAUGAACUCUGUGGGUGCGUCACUACAAUAUCUUCCCAAAAAUUAUCAGGUGAAGUUAAGAACCUUUAUGCUAAAGCUGUCGACCCACCAUUCUUGAAAUUAGACAGUACAGAAGAAAAAAGUAAAAAAGAUCAAGUGACACGUACUAAAACUUUGGCGAAAAUUGAACCAAAAAUCAAAGAGGAACCUGUUGGAAAUUCUAAACCAAACAUUUCAGAUGAUCUUUGUGGGUGCCAUGAUACUUCCAACAAAAAACAAACAACAGAUAAAAUCCAUAAUGAAAAUCAAGAAAAAAGUCAAGGUUAUGACAAAUCAAAAAUCAAAGAGGAACCUGUUGGAAAUUCAAAACCAAACAUUUCAGAUGAUCUUUGUGGGUGUGUUGAUACUUCCAACAAAAAACAAACAACAGAUGAAAUCCAUAAUGAAAAUCAAGAAAAAAGUCAAGGUUAUGACAAAACAAAAAUCAAAGAGGAACCUGUUGGAAAUUCUAAACCAAAAAUUUCAGAUGAUCUUUGUGGGUGCAAAGAUACUUCCAACAAAAAACAAACAACAGAUGAAAUCCAUAAUGAAAAUCAAGAAAAAAGUCAAGGUUAUGACAAAACAAAAAUCAAAGAGGAACCUGUUGGAAAUUCUAAACCAAAAAUUUCAGAUGAUCUUUGUGGGUGCAAAGAUACUUCCAACAAAAAACAAACAACAGAUGAAAUCCAUAAUGAAAAUCAAGAAAAAAGUCAAGGUUAUGACAAAACAAAAAUCAAAGAGGAACCUGUUGGAAAUUCUAAACCAAAAAUUUCAGAUGAUCUUUGUGGGUGCAAAGAUACUUCCAACAAAAAACAAACAACAGAUCAAAUCCAUAAUGAUAUUCGAGAAAAAAGUCAAGGUUAUGACAAAACAAAAACCAAAGAGGAACCUGUUGCAAAUUCUAAACCAAACAUUUCAGAUGAUCUUUGUGGGUGCAAAGAUACUUCCAACAAAAAACCAACAACAGAUCAACUACCAUCAACAAAUAAUUUAAAAGAAAUAACAAAUGACACAAAAACAAAUAAGACAAUUUCUAACGAACAGAGCAAGCCCAAUCAUGAAAAGGUUAAGUUAGAGAUUAAACAGGAACAUUUAAUAAAAUCGAAUGAAUCUAAUUCUGAUGAUCAUUGUGGAUGUGAUGUAAUUAAUAAAUUGCAAGAACCAUUACUUCAAAAAAUUGUAAACGAAUCAUCUACAAAGUUUCUCCAACACCGAAUAAAAACUGAAAGUAAUGGAAUUAAAGAAGAAAAAAAAGAAAUCAAAGAAGAAAAAAAUGAUAUUAGUGCUGUUGCUCCUGAGGCCCAUGCGAAAAAAGAAAUGGAAACCAAAUUUUUACAAGAAACCAAAACUGAUGAUCGAAACGGAUCAUCUACACAGUUUCUUCAACACCGAAUAAAAACUGAAAGUAAUGGAAUCAAAGAAGAAAAGAAAGAAAUCAAAGAAGAAAAAACUCAUAUGAGUGCUGUUGUUCCUGAGGCCCAUGCGAAAAAAGUAGUAGAUACCAAAACUGAUGAUUCCUGUGAGUGUGAUGAAACGACUGAUUCGAACAAUAAUCAACUAUUAGCUGCAAACAUGAAUGGUAAAUCUACUAAAGUGCCCUUAUUAUCUCAAAUAAAAAUCGAAAAACAAGAGAUGCCGAGUUUAGAAGAAGCUUCAAAGCCACAGCCUAUUUUCUCAAAAUCUUCAAAGCCUCCAUUUCUAGGGGUUAAAUCGGAAAUGAAAGAAGAAAAAUAUGAUAUGAAAACUAACCUAUCAAACAUUUAUGCCAAGUCCACUACACCACCGUUCUUACAAUCCAAGAAAGAAAGAGAAAAAACAAAUUCAAGUCCUUCAAAUCAUACUUAUAAUGACCUAAUUCAAAAGAAAAACCUUGCAACAAAGGAAUCAUCGUGUAACAACAUUUGUGGUAUAAAAUCCCAGAAAUCUACUGUAUCUAUAAAAAAAUCUCAAAGCCAAAUCAAUGCCAAGUUAAGUGCUCGUAGUAUUAACAGCUCACAUAGCCCUAAAACCAUAAGAGUACCCUUUCAAGAAAUGACGCAAUAUAAAACAAGUAAAGACAGAGACGGCCGUGUCAAUAAAGCACAAUUUGGGAAAAACAUUGCUAAAUUGAAGGCUGAAAGGAAAAGGCAAUAUUCUCUCAGACAAGCUGAAAAAUCUGUCAGUGGAUGUUCCAAACAUUGUGUAGGCGUUUUAGAUCAAAUGUCUAAAGACCAACUUAAAUAUUUUGAAGACCACUACAAGGGAGCAUCUCAUCAAAACAAGAUUGACAUUGAAAUAUCGCGGUCACAACCACAUAAAAAGAAUCCCAUGGAGAAAAUGCAGAACCCUUCAGAAAGUUCUACCGGACUCCUGAAAAAAAUGUCUCAGCAAGAAACACAUCUUGCUGAGACACUGCUUGAUUGUGAUCGUUGUCGCUCUGAAGACAUGAAAAGUUUCCAAUCAAACAACACAAAUAUACCCUUGUCAAUGACUUCGGAUGAAACCGCAUUUGUUAGAGAUAUAGUAGCUACAAGUACACCAAAUGCAUCAGUAUCAGCGGUGCCUUUAAAAGAGACUUGCGAUAAAGAAGAAUGCAAGAAUAUGAAAAAAUCAGUACAAAAGUAGAUUUGCAUACAGUUACAUGAAAACAAUCGGAUGGCCAACUCAUGGUAUAAUAAUAGUAUGAUACUGAACUGAUAUAUUCAUAGCCUAUAAAGAAGAAUAAAGAUGAAAUUAGACUUCA